AUGUCGGCCGAGAAGCGACCCGCGGACGGCGAACCAGGCACCUCCCAAGUGCUGGUGAAGCGCCAGAAUGUCAAUAAUUCAGAGGGUGCGCUGGCCCGCCUCAACGCCUCCAGCAAUGCGCUGGUGCAGACUGCCCCGAGAACGAGCGCGCUGCAGUCGCCGGUGAUGCAGCUUACGGGCCACUCUGGCGAAGUAUUCACAGCCAAGUUUGACCCUACAGGAAAUCUCAUUGCCUCUGGCUCAAUGGACCGCAGUAUACUGCUGUGGCGAACAUACGGCGACUGCGAAAACUACGGUAUACUAAACGGACACAAGAGUGCGAUUCUCGAUCUGCAGUGGUCUCGCGACUCCGAGAUCCUAUACUCUGCAUCUGCCGACAUGCACCUGGCGAGCUGGGACCUAACCUCGGGCACGAGAAUCCGACGAUACAUUGGGCACGAGGAGGUCGUCAACGCGCUGGACAUUACGCGGCGCGGCGAGGAGAUGCUCAUCAGCGGCAGCGACGACGGCUCGAUUGGCAUCUGGGACCCGCGCACGAAGCACGCCGCCGACCAUAUCCAGACCGACUUCCCUGUCACCGCGGCCGCCAUCUCGCCCGCCGGAAACGAAAUCUACACGGGAGGUAUCGACAACGACAUCCGUGUCUGGGAUCUGCGAAAGAAGUCUGUCGUGUACAGCAUGGCCGGUCACUUGGACACCAUCACAUCAUUACGAGUCUCGCCUGAUUCCCAAUCACUGCUAUCCUAUGCCAUGGACUCUACAGUCAGGACCUGGGACAUUCGGCCGUUCGCGCCGACGGAACGGCGGAUCCGCACAUUCGACGGCACGACGUCGGGAUUGGAAAAGAACCUGCUGGGGUGCAGCUGGGACGCCGACGGCAAGAAGAUUGCGGCCGCCUCAGGAGAUGGGACCGUUCUUGUCUGGUCUAGCGAGAACGGCAAGCUUUUGUAUAAACUGCCUGGCCACCGCGGCACCGUCAACAGCGCCGAGUUCUCACCAGGCAAGGAGCCAGUCCUUCUCUCCGCAUCAUCCGACCGUACUAUGCUACUCGGCGAGCUGAAAUGA